AUGAAGGAGCAGGAGACUGUGAGGAAGAAGAAGAUGGCUCCGGAGCCCUAUGCAGGGAAGGAGCUGAGGAUGGAGACCAGGGAGAACAAAUUCCCACAUCAGAACGUCGUGGAAGAGGCUGUUUUGAGUGGCUCCACAUCAGAGGAAUCCAGUGAGGAGGAAAAUCUCCGGAGAUCACGCACGAGGAGGGGCUGCAAACGCAGAUCACGGGAAUCUGAGGAGGAAAGACCCACCCUGGUCCAGGGAGGUGGCCGGAGCUCAGAGUUGGGGGUCCAUGAGCAGCUCCAGGAUGGGGAGAAACCCCACAAGUGCUCGGAAUGUGGGAAGAGCUUCAGAUGGAACUCUGAACUGAUCUGCCACAUGAGAAUCCAUACUGGGGAACUGCCCUACGAGUGUGAUAAAUGCAGGAAGAGGUUUCAGACCAGCUCCAGUCUCCUCGGGCAUCAGCGGAUUCACACAGAGGAGAGGCCCUUCUGCUGCCCCAUUUGUGCAAAGGGCUUCAAGCUCAAGCCCGGCCUCAUCACCCACCUGCGCACCCACCGCGGGGAGAGGCCCUAUGAGUGUCCUGAGUGUGGGAAGAGCUUCACCCAGCACUCCACCCUGACUCGCCACGUGAGAAUCCACACGGGGGAACGGCCCUACAAGUGUGCAGAGUGUGGGAAGGGCUUCAGGACGAGCUCUGAACUGACCAUCCACCAGAGAACCCACAUGGGGGAACGGCCCUAUGAGUGUGGGGAGUGUGGGAAAAGCUUCCCAAUAAGCUGCAGCCUCUCCCGCCACAUGGAAAUACACAGAGGGCUGGAACGGCCCUACAAGUGUGGACAGUGUGAGAAGAGCUUCAGGUGGAGGUCUGAACUGAUUGUCCACCAGAGGAUCCACACGGGGGAACGGCCCUUUGAGUGUGGGAAGUGUGGGAAGAGCUUCAGGGGGAGGUCUGAACUGAUUGUCCACCAGAGGAUCCACACGGGGGAACGGCCCUUUGAGUGUGGGAAGUGUGGGAAGAGCUUCAGGGGGAGGUCUGAACUGAUUGUCCACCAGAGGAUCCACACGGGGGAACGGCCCUUUGAGUGUGGGAAGUGUGGGAAGAGCUUCAGGGGGAGGUCUGAACUGAUUGUCCACCAGAGGAUCCACACGGGGGAACGGCCCUUUGAGUGUGGGAAGUGUGGGAAGAGCUUCUCGCAGCGGUCUGCCUUGACCACACACCAACGGAGCCAUCACUAAGGGAAGCCCUGUGAGUGCCCCGAGUGCAGGAAGAGCUUUGUGCGCUGCUCCAGCUUCAUCACCCGAUGGGAAGAUCUGCUCUGGAAGAUCCUCAGUGACGCACAGCGGGCAGAGUCCCAGUGA